UCCUUCGUAUCAUUCUGCGUGGGUUCAUUCCAAGCUCGAGGUUCUCCUCCUCAUUUCGAAUAACCGACUAGAGAACACAAGUCGAAACACUACUGAGAAUAAUGGGCAAAACUUCCGCUACUCUUGCGGAACAGGAAUUCACCAAGCUUCAGGCACAACUGCAUCAAAGUGCGCAAGACACAAUGGCGUACCUCGAAGCUCUGAAGCAUAACCUCAGCGAGUACGAUCACAAGCACCAUCUACACCUGUCGAGCUCGGCCGCGUCGUUUUUCUAUGACGGUCUGGACCACGCCAAGGAUGCGGUGAAGGAUCUCAGACACGCUGCCGACCAUAUCCAUAAGAACGCUGGUGAGAAUGAAGUCAACUCCGCCCGGAGAGCCAUGGAACAGACAUUCAAUGCGCUAGCGGAUCUGCACAAGGUAGCAAACGCGUAUGAUGCAGGGCAUCCGACACCCUACAAGCACAGCGACAAGAAACCCACGAUCUCCGAGAAGCUCGAGUGGCUCGUGAGCACAACUCGCGAUGCCAAAUUCACAGGUUUUGCGCCUCUCCAGCGUCAGAUUAUUGAAGUUCAGGUUGCUACUGGUAUGAUCGAGAAACCUUCAAUCACGGCUCGCGCAAAGGAGGCUGUGCAUCAUAUGGCCGACAAAAUCGAUGGCAAAUUCGGCAAGUCGAAGGAGUCUAUUCCGAAGGCGAAGGAUGAACAGCACACUGUUGUGUCUACUCACAGUGCAUAAGGUCUUGAGUGAUUUGGCGAAAAGUACAAAAAGUUACAGCAUUUUCAAAUGUUACGAUAAACUAUGCUUUUCUAUUGCUAAUGUACCUCAGCGUGAAAACGCUGAUACUUCUAACGGACCCGGGUGGUCUCGUUCUCCGACGCUGUGGUCGAAGUGGGAGCUGGAGUAGGCGGAAUGCUAGUCACAUUGGACGUGACACCCUGUGCGAAGUGCUGAGUGUAGUAACGAGUGCGCAGCAUAUUUUGGAGAUCGCUGGCAUCCCGUCGACGCUCUGCAAGGUGUAGAGCCAAUCCUCCCACGCGCGCACCGAAGCGUAGCAGUAACUUAGCAAUUUUGAUGUCGCCUACUAGCGUUGCAGCAUCCAAAGGACUCAUACCGUUGUGCUUGGAGACUGUGGCGCUCGCACCACCAAGUAGCAGAGCUUCCACCACGGUAUAGUGACCGCGGUGCGCAGCAGCGAAAAGUGCCGUCGCGCCACUAACUGUCUGGAUGUCACGAGCAGCUCCAACCUCCAGUAGAAACUCAACCAGCUUGGCGUGACCUUCCUCGCUUGCAAUGUACAACGCCGUUAAUCCGGAGCGAGUCUGGUCAUCUAGACGAGCUCCAUAACGCAGUAGCGUACGGGAGACGGCCUUGCGUCCCAUACGGGCAGCAAUGUGCAGUGCAGUGGACAUGUCAUCCAUCUUGGCAUGGGCGUCAGCUCCAGCGUGCAGUAAUAGCCGAACAAUCUGGUCGUGUCCCUCCUGAGCAGCGAUGUACAGGCAGGACACUCCACCGUUCGGACGGCGGAAAGCGGGAUUGGCACCACGCUCCAGUAGCAGCGAAACGAUGGCUUCAUACCCCAUUUGACACGCCAAAUAGAGCGGCGAUACGUUCUCAUCCAUGAGAACGUUGGCGUCCAAUUCGGUGAGCAGUAGGAGAUCAGAGACCACGAACAAGUGGCCACCUUCGCAAGCCAGGAAUAAAGCUUGAACCAGUUGCCGCUUAGCCAUGCGACCUCGAACUUGUGCUUCAUCUUCAGCCUGUCGCUCAGCUGCAAGAAGUCUCAAUACGGUCGACCGGUGGCCGUUCUUGGCGGCAGCACACAAAGCCGUCGCACCACCGGCCACAGCACAGUCCCUUUGAGCGUUUGCAUCAAGCAACAUGUCCACCAGAACAUCCCAGCCGUGUUCACAGGCCAGGUAGAGCGGAGAUUCUAAACUCAGUGAACGAGUGUUAACGUCACACCCAGCUCGCACUAGCAGUCGGGUGGCUUCCGUAAGCCCGUUGGCGACUGCAAGACUCAAUGGCGAGUGACCGUCGAUGUCUGUAUUCUCCAAGUCGAACGCAGUACCGUUGCCUGCUGCCAGAAUAACUGGUAGGAGACGUGUCCUUCCCCUGGCACACGCGUACAGCAGUGGUGACAUCAAAGCCACGCCGUCUUCCGCUUCACUAGGGCUGUCAACGUUGGAGUCAUCACUACCAGUGAGAAGCAAUGGAACGUCUAGCAAAGCACGUGCUCCACUGGCAACCAAAGUACGUUCGAAGACUCCACCUUCCCGUCCUCGCCGGCCACUGCACCACCGGUUAAAUUCAUCAAGAAGAGCAGGCAGCAACGGUAAGUCAACGAGCUCGUUGCUCACCAGUAACUGCAGUUCACGCAGCAGCGCAUUUAACGUCGGGUUCUGCUGGAAAAACGAUCGGUGGGCUGGUGUGUGCAAAGCAUUCAAACUCUGGAGCGUUGGGAAUUGAGCUUCAACGCGUGAGAUAAAGUCACGACUCACACUCGUGUCGUCCAGAUUGAGACUCGUCAGAGAGGGGUGUGAUCCUGUGAGCUGCUUCAGUGGUGAGGUUUGAGCAGCAAACAGUUCACCAGUCACUCGCUUGCAUCGACGCACCGAUACCGAGCGCAACCGAAGCGAUUGAGCAUUGAGAACGGCGAGUAACCCAAAAUCCGAAAUCUCCAGACAGUCAUCUGCGACGAUCUCUUCUAAGUGUGCCCAAAAGCUUGACGUUAAUACGAGCAGAUCUCGGUCGGUAAGGGAACGUUGGCCCGAUAGAUCAAGGCGACGAACGCGACUGUAGCUCUGCAAUACUCCUUGGCAUGCACGGUCCAGUGUACGGGUGCAUACGGGUGACGUUUUCGCUGACAAGUCGAGUCGAUCCAAGUCCAAAGUUUGCAAACGUCGUCGCCAUGAUCGGCUGGUCUGUCGAAUAGUCUGGUGAUCACGUACGUUGAGGAACGAGAGCACCAGACACAGCAACGCCUCCUCCUUGAUGUUAGCCUCCAAGUCGCCACAUUUCCGAGGAGCAGCAAGCGGCGACAUCCUCGAAAACGCGAGGUGGCCAGUAUUUAGUGUUGGGUGCACUUCGAGAGUCGAUGGUUUCGAGCGGCACAACACCCUGUGCUUCCGUGCCCGUCCGAAGAGGUUGGUAUCGUGGCUGGAGGCGACCGCAGUGCUAGCAACGGGCUCGCUUUCAUCGACGUCGGACUUGGCUGGUGACACGUGCUGGAACGAGCGCUUCAUGGCGACUGGGAAGAGCUUGUUGUUCGAGGCUUGUGUAACACCGGAAGCCAGCCAGCCAGAUGGAGAGGUUUGCGACGCGAUAGAGAGUGAAGAGUGAGAGCGGCGAGAUGGAAGCCUGUCGACUUUGGACUUUGAAUAGGGUCAGGUCAGAGCUGGUUCCUCGAUUGUCUUUUGAGCCUCUGAAGCUGGGGACAGGUCUUCGUAAACCAGCUCUUGUACGAGGUCUACGUUGCCAGCAAUAGAACACAGAAAACAGGGGAAGAUUUGGCAGAUGUCAUCUCUCACCACUUCGAAAAGCAGUAGAUACUUCGGUAAGGCUCGAGGAACCCAGACAUACCUAUAUUCAUACUUCCAUCUGGAAACCCAGACAAUGCAGUACUUCUUCUCCGAAAAUAUCCUAUCGAACAUCUACUAUAGAGUUCUCUAACAGGAGAUUUUUUCAACACCACCUUCCAACAUUUCGUUGGCCGGAGAUAGGGAGAAGUGGCAACG